UCUUACUUGACUCGCUACGCGUUGUCACCUGUUUCUGUUCCUCCUCGAUUUUUGUCAUCAGUGAGAGAUGUUCUCCAAGUCAACUUCAACAAUUCUCUUGAUCAUCAUCAUCAUCGUUGUCAUCGGCGCGACGUUUCACGUUGCGAAAGCAGCAAUCGAUAACGAUCGCCGUCAACAACAGAUAACAAAUGAAGCAGUUGCCAAUAUCUUGGCUUACGAAGCGGAAGCGAAGUCUUCAUUGGAGAUACCACGUGAGCAUUAUCGGCCAAUUACAGACUGUAUGUUUGUUACCUCAGAAAGCGGACCGUUCUCUUAUAUAUCGCCAACCGAUGACGACAAUGUUUGUGGAAUAUAUUUUUUAACUGAUCCCGAUCGCGUAGUAGAAAUACAUUUCCAUAGCUUUGAUGUUCCUUGCGAUCAUCGAGGACUUCUGGCAGUAAUCGAUGGUUGGGAAUUGAAUGGCGAAGUAUUUCCGAGCGAAAGCGACCAUUCAUUAUCAAUGAAGGAAAGGACGAACGAGUUCUGUGGUAAGAAUAAGUGGUAUAGGAAAACUUUUACGAGUUCGCAGAACGCUGCACUCCUUCAAUAUAGAGUACCUCUACGUGGGAAAGGCUUUGUUAUAUCUGCGAGAUAUCAAAAAAAUCCAAGACCUUGCAACAUCUUGUCAGUAAGCACAACGGAUCCAUUCACUCUUCGUAAUUAUGGCAGACGGAUUAAUUGUACUCUCGUGGCAGUGUACCCUGGUGUCGUACAAAUAAUUGCUCUCGGAAUCGGCGGUAGUUCCCAUGGCGUCGUUCAUACAACCGAAACUGGCACUUUGCACAAAUGCGAUACAAGGAGUCCGCGAGAUCAAGUGCAGAUCGGAGGCAGCCGCGGUUUCGAUACGAUAAAACUCGACGUAAUUGAUUCAAUUUGCGGCAUUGAUUCCAAACCCGAUAUAAAGGAGCUCGUAGCGUACGAUGUAACAGUGGUACGACUAUUAUCGAGCGGUUAUUACGACAACUCAGUGACGGUGGCAAUAAGUCCAAUAGUAGACAACAAUUUACUGGAUUCCGCUUCCGGUCUUUAAACUGACUGCUUCGAACAAUUUCAUCAUUAUCCGCCACGUGCAGCAUCUAUUGAUCUCGAUGUUUAUCUUCGAAGAUGCGGACACAACGCCAACAUCGGGUCGUAAAACAUAGUAUCUCUAAUAGUUUAUAGAUUAUUCAUGUAUUUGUGUUAUAUAUGCUAAAAAAUAGCAUAUAGAAUAUCACAUAUACAGGAUGUUCGGAAAUUCAACCAACAACGAUCGUUGAGUAAGUAGAGCGGACUAAACUGAAUCGAAAAGUUCUCUAUC